AUGGCCCUCGACCUUCUCCUUUGCGAGGGCCAGGUUGAAGUCUUACGCCAAUACCAGUCUUUGCUCGCCUUCUGUUGUCCUCAUUGUGACCACCUUGGUCAGGCGUACCUGCCCUCUCUUACAAGAAAGAUAGGGGUAAUCGAAGAAGGAUCGCGGGGACAAGAUAGUCAGGAGGUGCAAAAGUGGGAAGGCCACUCGUCUAUUUAUGCUCAAUCUCGCCUGCCAGUUCCGGUGGUUUCCCAGCCUCCUUUCGAGGCCGGAUCCGUCGAAGCCGUCACCACUGCCGGAUGCGUCGGCCGUGCCGGCCCGACUCCGAUCGCCGUUUGCCGUGUCAAACGCCGCAACCGGCUCCGUGGCCACAACCAGUGCAUUCCCGCACUGCAGCCACUGGCAUUCCGGCUCCACAACCGCAUUCCUUCGAUCGGGAGUGUGCCCAGGAAUGGCCAGCCUCCCGCUCGCUCUGGGAACCGCUGGAGCGAUUGGCCUCAAUCGCUGCACCUGGCCUCGCAACCACUGGCGCAAAGGGUGGCCCUUGGCCACCCUGUUCCAGUUGGGCGGCGGUUCGCCUGA